AUGCAGUACAGAUGGGUUGCGAGUACCUUAUUUGCAGCUAUUGGGAUUGCCUCCCCCGCUCCCCAAAUCCCAGAUCUUUCGAACCUCAUCCCCACCAGCAUUGAACAGAUCCUCCAAACAGCUAUCCCCACCACGUGGGCCGAUGCCUUUGCUACUGAUCGGGCCUUCUUCUCUUCUGCCGUCAGUGCAAUGCAGUCCGGCAGCUAUCCUGACUGGGAAAGCUCACUGCCCACCGACAUGAGCGGUUUCUUCACAUCUGAAGUCCAGGCUGAAAUCUCCAGCCUGACCGUUUCUGGAGGCUCCUUCGCUGGUUCUUAUUUCUCGAGCCUUCUGUCCUCGGCGACGGCUACUCAGAUGAACACUGCGGUUACCACUGAUGCUUCCAUCAGCGGCGCUUCUAGCUCCGGUGUUUCUACCUCUGAUGCUUCUAUCUCUCGUUCCUCUAUCUCUGGUUUUUCUAGCCCAGGUGUUUCUAGCUCCGGUGCUUCUAGCUCCGGUGCUUCAUUCGGUCCCUCAUCCAGUAACUCUAAGAUGACAAUGACUGACUCUCCCUCUCAAUCUGUAACUGCGUCAUCUACUGCUACGACACAGAGUUCUUCUGCCGCAUCUACGCAUGCUUCUGGUAGAGCUGCCAUUGGUCUUGCUGGGGUUGCUGGAAUUCUUGGUAUCGCAAUCGCCCUUUGA